AUGGGCAUACCGAGGCAGUGGCAGCCGCACGAGGUACUGGCGUACAUCAUGGACGCGUAUGACCAGCUCCUGGAUUGGGACGACGUCCUGGACGAAAGCAACAACGGCGGCGACGCGUCUUCCGACGCCGAAGACGCCCGACGCGACCACGUCGAGUGGUGCCGCCAAAUUGGACUCAGGAAGUUCGUGCUGCUCUUCGGAGACAGCGGGAUCGCUGUCAACGAGAUACCGCUGCAAUAUCGCAGGACCGCCGACCCCAGCCACGCACCCACUGCCGGCGCGCAAAGCAGGGCACAUGUGGUCAACGAGCAGCCAGACGCCAUGGCGCUCAUGAUAUUCGAAACCGAGGCGUAUGCCAUGCAGUUUUGGGCAGCGAUGGCGUCCAACUGCAUCAAGGCGUAUCCCUCCACCAUAGUGGUGGCACCGGACCCCUCGGGGUGGCGCAUCUACACGGAGGCGAUCGCACUGUGGUUCAACGGGGAGGUCAUGGGGCAGUUGGCCCCGGCGCAGGUGCAGAACAACCUGGCCAAGGACAAGCAGAACGACGACCUGCUGGCGGUGCUCACGACCAACAAGGCGCAGGACGAGGGGACGACGAAGCAGAAGACGAUACCACAGCUCACGUUCGUGUCGCCCUACAUAUCGAACCCCGACGACGCCAACGAAAUCGCCAACGCACUUACCAAAAUCGGAAUCAAGUGCAUGUACCACAAGCCGUCGAAAAUCAUGUCAUUUCAGUUCCCCAACGAAACGCUGUUCUCCACCCUGGCGCUGUGCCACCGCUUUUUCAUAUCGCCUUCGGGCUCCAGGGUGCACUGCUGCUUCAUCAGGUGCCUGGGCAAGUUCCUCCCCGUUGUCAAACGGACCAACGUGGAGCACCUCUCGAGCUCGAUCGAAAAGAGCAAGACCGCGCCGCCGAAGCCCUGCAAAUUCAAGCCGCCCAGUGUCGGUAUCGUCACCAUAGAGGGUACCCAAUAA